CCCCAAUCUGGGAUGACAGAAGCUUCUCCCUUGAGGCAGCACCACGUGCCAUGGCGCUGAUGGCCGGACCGAGGGGGCUGGGACUGUGAAGGAGACUCUUGUCUUGUUCACAGCAGCUCUGCAGACAGCGCACCAGCGGGGCGCAUGGCGGGCUCCCCAGACCAAGAAGGCUUCUUCAACCUGCUGAGCCACGUGCAGGGCGACCGGAUGGAGGAGCAGCGCUGCUCGCUGCAGGCAGAGCCAGGCACCAUCUCCAAGAGCCAGAGCGGCCCCAUGCCGGAGGUGGACAGUCUCAUAGACAUGGUGGCCAGCACCCAGGGCCGCCGCAUGGAUGACCAGCGUGUGACAGUCAGCACCCUGCCUGGUUUCCAGCCUGUGGGCCCCAAGGACGGAGUGCAGAAACGAGCUGGGACCCACAGCCCCCAGCCCCUCCUCACCCCUCCGGACCCCUCUGCUCUCAGCUUCCGUCGGAACAGCAGCCCCCAGCCCCAGACACAAGCCCCGUGAGGGCCUGAGCCAUCUUGCACCCCACCCCAUGCCCCCCAAAAUCAGACAAUAAAACGCUUCCAGGAGAAA